GCAGUCCCCCUCCCCGCGUCCCUCCCUCUCUCUCUCCAGCCCUUUUUGGGGAGGGGCUCUCCACGCUCGGGGGAGUUCCCGAGGGUCACCAGCGCCGCGCUCGCCUGUCUAUUUCGCCUUCACCUGGAUAUAAUUUCCAAGCGAAGCUGCCCCCAGGAUGACCACGCUGGCCGGAGCUGUGCCCAGGAUGAUGCGGCCGGGCCCAGGGCAGAACUACCCGCGCAGCGGGUUCCCGCUGGAAGUGUCCACUCCCCUCGGCCAGGGCCGCGUCAACCAGCUAGGAGGUGUGUUUAUCAACGGCAGACCGCUCCCCAACCACAUCCGCCACAAGAUCGUGGAGAUGGCCCACCACGGCAUCCGGCCCUGCGUCAUCUCCCGCCAGUUGCGCGUGUCCCACGGCUGCGUCUCUAAGAUCCUGUGCAGGUACCAGGAGACUGGCUCCAUCCGUCCCGGGGCUAUCGGCGGCAGCAAGCCCAAGCAGGUGACAACGCCUGACGUGGAGAAGAAAAUUGAGGAGUACAAAAGGGAGAACCCAGGCAUGUUCAGCUGGGAAAUUCGAGACAAAUUACUCAAGGACGCGGUCUGUGAUCGAAACACCGUGCCCUCAGUGAGUUCCAUCAGCCGCAUCCUGAGGAGUAAAUUCGGGAAAGGCGAAGAGGAAGAGGCCGACCUGGAGAGGAAGGAGGCGGAGGAGAGCGAGAAGAAGGCGAAACACAGCAUCGACGGCAUUCUGAGCGAGCGAGCCUCAGCACCCCAAUCAGAUGAAGGCUCCGACAUCGACUCUGAACCAGAUUUGCCGCUAAAGAGGAAGCAACGCAGGAGCCGGACCACCUUCACCGCAGAACAGCUUGAGGAACUGGAACGUGCUUUUGAGAGAACCCACUACCCUGAUAUUUAUACCAGGGAGGAACUGGCACAGAGGGCGAAGCUCACUGAGGCCCGAGUACAGGUCUGGUUUAGCAACCGCCGUGCGAGAUGGAGGAAGCAAGCUGGGGCCAAUCAACUGAUGGCUUUCAACCAUCUCAUUCCGGGGGGGUUCCCUCCUACGGCCAUGCCGACUCUGCCAACGUACCAGCUGUCUGAGACCUCUUACCAGCCCACAGCUAUUCCGCAAGCCGUGUCGGAUCCCAGCAGCACUGUUCACAGACCUCAGCCGCUUCCUCCGAGCACUGUACACCAAAGCACUAUUCCUUCCAACCCGGACAGCAGCUCUGCCUACUGCCUCCCCAGCACCAGGCAUGGAUUUUCCAGCUAUACAGACAGCUUUGUGCCUCCAUCCGGGCCCUCCAACCCCAUGAACCCCGCCAUUGGCAAUGGCCUUUCACCUCAGGUAAUGGGACUUCUGACCAACCACGGUGGGGUACCCCAUCAGCCCCAGACCGAUUAUGCUCUCUCCCCUCUCACUGGGGGCCUGGAACCUACCACCACGGUGUCGGCCAGCUGCAGUCAGAGACUAGACCAUAUGAAGAGCUUGGACAGUCUGCCAACAUCUCAGUCCUAUUGUCCACCCACCUAUAGCACCACGGGCUACAGUAUGGACCCUGUCACAGGCUACCAGUAUGGGCAGUAUGGACAAAGUGCCUUUCAUUAUCUCAAACCAGAUAUCGCUUGGUUUCAAAUUCUUUUGAACGUGUGGGACAAAAGCAGUGGAGAAAAGGAAGACCCGGAACAAUAAAAGACAAAUGCAACAUUUUAGGGCAAUGAUUUAACGUGGCUACAUAUCAAAAUAUCCCAGCUCUUUAGUGCUGAUGAUC